AUGAAAGAACUUGUUCUUGAACAAGCCCCAAGAAAAAUUAAACACAUCCAAUUUAGUGUACUUUCUCCACAAGAAAUUGUUAAAAAUGCACAUUUGGCAAUUACACAUCGAGAUCUAUUCAAUGAUAAUAGAGCUCCAAUGGAAAACGGUGUCUUAGAUACACGUUUAGGUACCUCUGAUCAUGAUAGGUCAUGUGAAACCUGCGGUGAAAAAAUGGCACAAUGCAUUGGCCAUUUCGGUUAUAUUAAAUUGAUUUUACCGGUGUUUCAUAUUGGUUAUUUCAAAGCUGUUAUACAAAUGUUACAAAAUAUUUGCAAGACUUGUAGUCGUGUAUUACUGGAGGAAAAUGAUCGUAGAUUAUUCCUUAAGAGACUAAGAAGCUCAAAAGAAGCACCAUCAAGGCAAAAAAUCGAAAAAUCUGUAAAUGCAUUAUGUAAAAAGACUGUCGAAUGUCCAUAUUGUGGUGCAAUUAAUGGUUCUGUGAAAAAAGUUGGUGCAAUAAAAAUUAUUCAUGAAAAAUACAAAUCAAAAAAAGCUCAAGAAGAACAUGAAAAAUUUAAAAUUGCCUUUGGAAAUGCUAUUGAACAUACACCUGAAUUAAAAUCUCAUUUACAUAAAGCACAGGAUGACUUAAAUCCUUUAAAAGUUCUGGAGCUAUUCAAAGGGAUUUCUGAUGAGGAUUGUGAAUUACUUGGAUUGGAUCCAAAAAAUUCUCGUCCAGAGUUAUUUAUAUGGCAACGUGUCCCUGUUCCUCCU